UUUGCAGAGACAGUCUCCUGGGCCUUUACAUCAUCCUCCCGUUGACAUUUCUCACAGUUGCUCUUAUUCAAUAACAUUUGCGCCAGCUACACAAUGAAGUUCGCUGGAGGGAACUAAGCAAAAAAAAGUUAGUGUUUUUGACUAAAAGGUUGGGCUGGUGGCAGAGGGAGGAUGUCUCAGCUGCUGAGGCUUCUCUCGGCGGCCGCGCUGCCUCUCUGUCGGGCUGGAGGAGCCCGGGCACGGCUCUCCGCGGUGACGGCAAGACGGUUCUUCUCAGCCGGAUACCUGAGCUCCGCCGCCCCGAACGUCUGUCGGACUCCGGCUAACUUCCUGUUGUGUCGCAGAUUCCAGCCGACUCAGCGGCGACUGUACUCCGCUGAACCCAAAGAUGGAGGAGGAGGAGGAGGAGGAAGAUCAGGAGGAGGGAAGAGAGGAGGAGCAGGUGGAGGAAAAGACUGGUGGAGCCGAAUGCAGAAGGGCGACUUCCCCUGGGACGAGAAGGAUUUCCGUUACAUGGCGAUCACCGUGGCCGGAGUCGGUUCAGCUCUGCUCUAUUUCUACUUCAGAGACAACGGCAGAGAGAUCAGCUGGAAGGACUUCGUCCACCGAUACCUGGGCAGAGGCUUGGUGGAUCGGCUGGAGGUCAUCAACAAACAAUACGUCAGAGUCAUCCUGAUGCCGGGAGCCGACGCUGAUGCGAGCUACGUCUGGUUCAACAUCGGCAGCGUGGACACGUUCGAGAGGAACCUGGAGACGGCGCACAUGGAGCUCGGCCUGGAGCCGUCGCACCGAGCCACCGUCGUCUACAGCACCGAGAGCGACGGCUCUUUUCUGAUGAGCAUGCUCCCCACUCUGCUGCUGAUUGGCUUCCUGCUCUUCACCCUGCGGCGAGGACCGAUGGGAGGAGGAGCCGGCGGCGGGAGGGGCGGGCCCUUCAGCAUGGGCGAGUCCACGGCCAAAAUGAUGAAGGACAGCAUCGACGUGAAGUUCAAGGACGUGGCCGGCUGCGAGGAGGCCAAAGUGGAGAUCCUGGAGUUCGUCAACUUCCUGAAGAACCCACAGCAGUACCAGGACCUCGGAGCCAAGAUCCCCAAGGGUGCCGUGCUGUCCGGUCCUCCUGGGACGGGGAAGACUCUGCUGGCCAAAGCCACAGCCGGAGAGGCCAACGUCCCCUUCAUCACCGUCAACGGCUCCGAGUUCCUGGAGAUGUUUGUGGGCGUGGGUCCGGCCCGGGUGAGGGACAUGUUUACCUUGGCGAGGAAGAACGCCCCCUGCAUCCUCUUCAUCGAUGAGAUCGACGCCGUGGGGAGGAAGAGGGGAGGGGGGAACUUCGGAGGUCAGAGCGAGCAGGAGAACACGCUGAACCAGCUGCUGGUGGAGAUGGACGGUUUCAACACGGCCACUAACGUGGUCGUCCUGGCCGGAACCAACAGACCCGACAUCCUGGAUCCUGCUCUGAUGAGACCGGGACGCUUCGACAGACAGAUCUACAUAGGUCCUCCGGACAUCAAGGGGAGGGCGUCCAUCUUUAAAGUCCACCUCCGACCAAUCAAACUGGACCCCAACCUGGACAAAGACGCUCUCGCCAGGAAGAUGGCCGCAGCUACACCUGGAUUCACGGGAGCCGACAUCGCCAACGUCUGCAACGAGGCGGCUCUGAUCGCCGCCAGACACCUGGACCCGUCCGUCAACGGCAAACACUUCGAGCACGCCAUCGACCGUGUCAUCGGAGGUCUGGAGAAGAAGACUCAGGUCCUGCAGCCCACAGAGAAGAAGACUGUAGCGUAUCACGAGGCCGGUCACGCCAUCGUGGGCUGGUUCCUGCAGCACGCCGACCCCCUGCUGAAGGUGUCGAUCAUCCCGCGGGGGAAGGGUCUGGGUUACGCUCAGUACCUGCCCAGAGAGCAGUACCUGUACAGCCGGGAGCAGCUGUUCGACAGGAUGUGUAUGAUGCUGGGGGGCCGCGUGGCCGAGCAGGUCUUCUUCGACCGGAUCACCACCGGCGCUCAGGAUGACCUGAAGAAGGUCACGCAGUCGGCGUACGCUCAGGUGGUGCAGUUUGGGAUGAGCGACAAGGUGGGGCAGGUGUCGUUCGAUCUGCCCCGGCAGGGCGAGAUGGUGAUGGAGAAGCCGUACAGCGAGGCGACGGCGGAGCUGAUCGACGGCGAGGUCAGAGGGCUGGUGGACCGAGCGUACGAGCGCACGCUGCAGCUCAUCAGGGAGAAGAAGGAGCUGGUGGAGAUGGUGGGGAAGCGCCUCCUGGAGAAGGAGGUCCUGGACAAGGCGGACAUGUUGGAGCUGCUGGGCCCGCGGCCGUUCGAGGAGAAGUCGACGUACGAGGAGUUCGUGGAGGGGACUGGGAGUUUCGAGGAGGACACCAGUUUGCCGGAGGGCCUCCGAGACUGGAACCAGGAGAGGGGGGCGGAGGCCGAGGAGGCGGCGCCGGCUCAAGACAAACAGCAGGCUGUGUAGCGCCGCCGCCGCUCGGGGGGGGGGCGGGACUCGGAUGAGACAAACGAACGCUUCACGUCCCAGCUGCAAAAAAACUGAACUCAGUGCUGCCCCGGCUCUACAGAGCCCGGGAGGGGCUGCGGGGGGGGUUCUUUUAUAAAUGACUUCCACAGAUUAGUAAUUCACACCCUCAGUUUGUUUUGGCUCCUUCAGGUUAAUAAUUCAAACUCAAAUUAUUAACUUGAUGCCCUGAAAUCACCAGCAGCUUCAUCCCAUUAGUCCCACAGCUGCUCUGUGUGAGUGUGGGUUUGAUUUAAAGUUGGGGCUGAGAUCACCUCGAUCCAUUUCAGGUUUCUGGGACAAAAAGAAAAAAAAGUCAAUUAUGUUUGUAGAUGACAGAUUUGAGAUCAGAUCUUCCUCCUGAGAACCUCCGGGCUGCACAACCUCCGGUUAAAUGUAGAGUUCACUUUUAUUUAUCCAGAAACGCUUCACUGAGGAACCUGCUCCGAAACGCCUUAACGCUCGUCCAACCGGAGACGGCAGAGCAGAUUUUAAUCUUCCUGCAUUGAAUGUAAAUGAAGCUCAUUUACAGCCUGUGAACAGACUGAUUUAUCUUUGUAUUUAUUUCUGCUCUGUGAUGGACGUCUGCCUCUCUGCCAACGAGGAAGAAAAGGGGUGAAAAUUUGCAGCUGAAUUUAAAAACAUUUUUACAGGUUAAAAUAUUUUGAGUGUGAAUUUUUUUUUUUUUGUUUGUUUCCUGUUUUUACAAGAUUUCAAAGUAAGUGCAGAAGUUUUCCUGCAUUAACUCGUGUCAGCCCACAGCUCCUCGGUAACCGUCACUUUGGAUUUAUUUCACGCCGACACACGUCGACGCGUAAAUGUUUGUAUAAAUUCUGUGAGUUAACGAAUCGUCCAGAAGCUGCUUCGUCAUCGGCCCGGUGGCUGAUGGGUAACGUCUAGUUCUCUGAAGGAUUUCUGCUGCUAAUUUUUAAAGGAAAAAUCCCCCUAAAAAAAGAGCCAUUUAUAACAUCUUCAGGCCAAAUGAAUGCAGCUCAUCCUCAGCACUGAUCCCUCUGUGUUGCAGAGUAAAGUUGCUUUAUUUAUGUUUCAUUUUUUCUAUUUUUAUCAGCUGCUCUUCUGAACAGAGUGAAACCAAUUAAACUUCUCGGCCUGACGUCACUUCUGCCUCCACGCCACCUCAUCCUCCAGACAGGGUUAGAAACAUAUCAGAUGUUUCAUUAGAAAACAAAUCCAUCUUUUAUUACAGCGGAGUUCCUCCCUGUAUGGAAGAUAAAACAUGUCCAGAUAUGUGAAAUUGAGUUUUUGAAGAAGAAAAAAAAAAAAAAAAAGAUCUUUGCAUUUAAAUGAUUUUGUAAGAGAAGGAAAAAAAAACCCACAAACAUUUUCAUCACAUUUGAGGUUUAAAUUUAAGUAAAAAUGUUGGAAAUCACUGGUGGAAGUAGAAGCAGUUCAGACUAAAAAGAAAAGACAAACAUUAUUGAUAACUGUAUCUAUAGGGAGAUUGUUUUUCUUAAUGAUGUCACAGUAUCGUCGUUACUGCAGCCGUCCAGCAGGCGGCGACCUCGCUGCGCAGCUGCAGGAGGGUUCGACUGACGCGUCAACAAACUGAUGUUUAACAGCUGCUGAACCUGGAUGAACGUCAGCCUGGUUUUUUACUGUCACAUGAGAAGAUGAACGCAGCUUGAAUCAACCGAACCCUCCUGUAGGUACGUCAGCUGUGUUUCAGACCUCACUGACAGGAAGUGCAUUACUACAGAGACAUGGAUGUGUACAUGUAUCACCUGUAACUUUCUGCUGAAGUAAAUGAACACAACUCAUAAAGUCAGAAAUAUGUGAUUUUUUUUUUAUAUCAGAAUUGCAAAAAGCAGUUUUAAUUAACUUUUUCAAAUUGGGUCAUAUCCUUAUUAAUGUGUCUUGGUGGUGGUUUAGCUUCUCACCUGACUCCAGUGAUGAACAGGUGCACGUCAGGGGGUGUGGUUAUCAGAGAGAACAACCAAUGACACCCACCAAUGAUGUCGGGUGUGUCAGGUCAGUGAAACUGCUGCUGCUAAAUGUGAAUUUAAUCAUUUCUCCUAUAUAAAAAUAUAUACAAAUUUACUUGUAGUUUGACUUUAUAUAGAAAAUAUAUAUAAAAUAAAAAUUCAAAACCUAAUUAUUUCCCUCAGAUUGUUCAGACACAAUCAAGAAACUUUAUUGGUUGUUUGAGGGAAACUUGCCUCAAAAUUUCUGACUUUACAAGUUGACAAGAAACACUUGAACGCACCGUUAAGUAUUUCUGACAUGGGGGGGGCGGGGACCUGGUGAUGAUGCUGUGGAGGUAGGACUAUAAAGACUUGACAUGUCCUCAUGUACAAACUCAGUCUCUGUUGUGUAAAAGACGCUUGGUGCUCCACGUGAAAAUAAACUGAAUGAAAAACAAA